AUGGGGGCUAGUGGGGAGGAUCCAGGUGCAUGUUAUGGGUCCAGGGCAGCGACCCAGUCCAUUUGUCCUUUUCAAAGUGUGGCCUGGGACACCUCCUAUCCAGCCAUACGCCGCCCAGGACUGGCUCAACAGCUCCACCCUCCACUGCUGUUCACCCAUGACACGUCACUUCCCACCCGCCACUGCUGGCUCACCUGUGACACCCCAGGCAGCUCAGAUGCCCGGCAGGUCCUGCUGGUAAGAGGGAGGCAGGAACCUGUCCUGUCUGGGACCCGGGCAUUGCUGGGUGCCGGAGGGACCUGGGACCUCAGCCACGCUGGGAGCUGGCCUGUCGUACGGGCGGUGCCUGGCAGAUGUGGACGGGCUCCGCAGGCUCCUGGUGGUCCACCCCUGCCUUCGUGCCAUCCUUCCUGGGAGUCUCCUGGCCAAGGAGGACUCAAGGCCUGUCCCACCUGUGCCCAGGGCUCACUGUGGCUCCCUUCAGCGGGGCUCUGCUCUCUCCCCGCCUGCUUCCCCUCCAGCUCCUGGGCUCUGCCCCAGCAUCCCCCCGAGCCUCUCCCAUUCCUGGCCCCAGCCUGGCCAGGGAUCCCAGAGGAUGCCUUCACCAGCCCAGCCCCUUGCCUGGUGGAUCACCACUCCUGUCUCCUGCUGCUCUGCCCCCUGCCCCGGGCCUGGGAAACCUGGGAGGACCCUCAGGGAGGGUCAGGGAUGUGUGACGCCAGCAGGAGGCCGACGAGUUCCCUGGCAGGAAGCACACUGCACGGGGAGCCUGCCGCCAUGCUGCCACUCUCAUGCCCCUGCGGGGCCGCAGAGAGGGAUGCCUAGGGCGGGGUGGGCAGUGGCUGCCGUAGGGGAGGCGCUCUGGGCAGUGCUGUUCCCUGAGAAACUGCAGCCCCAAGGGGCCUGGGCAGGGCCUGGCCUGACUGAGUGGGGUUGAGGGGGAGGUAGGGUGGGUGUGCCCUAUGAUGUAGGGCCUGCUGCGCCCUGGGGAGGGGACCCAGUGCAGUGAUGCCCAAGUUCCAGCGUUCAGACUGCCUGGGAGCCCUGAGACUCCCUGACCCAGCAGGACACCCCUUCCUGGGUGAGGGGGAGAGUGGGGUGGGCCAGAAAGCCCACCCAGACAACUGAGACCCCUCCCCACCUGCUACCCCAUCUGCUUGGGCCCAGGAAUGGAGGGGCCAAGGCAGACCCCUCAACAUACAUGCUGAACCCUGAUGUGUAGCCGCCCACACACCAUGAGCCCAGAUUGUGGCAUUCAGUAUUUUUUCUGACAUCAAAACAGUCUUGGCAGGGCACGGUGGCUCACACUUGUAAUCCCAGUACUUUGGGAGGCCGAGGCAGGUGGAUCACCUGAGGUCAGGAGUUUGAGACCAGCCUGACCAACAUGGAGAAACCCCAUCUCUACUAAAAAUACAAAAAAUUAGCUGGAUGUGAUUGUGGGCACCUGUAAUCCCAGCUACUUGGGUGGCCGAGGCAGGAGAAUCACUUGAACCAGGGAGGCAGAGGCUGUGGUGAGCCGAGACCACACCAUUGCACUCCAGCCUGGGCAACAAGAACAAAACUCCAUCUGAAAAAAAAAAAAUACUGAGCCAGUCCAUGUGCAUUAUCUCAUUUCUGGUGGACUCUUCCCGAUGUUAAUUUCACCUGAGAUAUUUAUGCAUGUGCUCAUGUGAACACACACGUGCAUCAGCACACACUGGCCUGCUCACGCACACACCUGCAAGUGCUGCUUCCAGCCUCCUGCCACGAGGCCGGCCCGGCUCCCUCCCUGUGGAGUGGGCUCUGCCCACGGGGCAGAUGGACUAAGACGAACACUCGUUAAGCCCCCCAGAAGUUGCCUGGCUUGGCACUCUCUGCAAUGUCUGAGGCGGGGCUCACUCGCCCAUUUGACAGAUGGAGAAACUGAUGCUUAGAGAUGUGGAGUGAGUGCCUGAGGCCAAGCUGCAAAAGGCAGAGCCCCCGACUCCCCCAGCGCCCCCGGA